AUGUCUCAGGCACAACAACGGCUCUCCCAGGUUGCCUCCCACUUCACCUCCGGGUCGAAGCCUGCUGGCGGCGUGGCCGCGCUCACGGAGAAGCACCCUGACGACAUCGUCGUCACUUGCGCUCUCCGAACGCCCAUCACCAAGGGUGGAAAAGGUGGCUUCAAGGACACCGCUGCCGCCGAUCUGCUGGCGGGCGUCUUCAAGGGCCUCAUCGAGCGCAGCGGGAUCGACCCCAAACUCGUCGGGGACAUUGCCGUCGGCUCUGUCCUGCCCCCCGGUGGUGGUGCGACGGAGUUCCGGGCUGCGGCCCUGGUGGCCGGUUUCCCCGAAACGACGGCCGUCAAGAGCUUGAACCGGCAAUGCUCUAGCGGUCUGCAGGCGAUUGUCGACAUUGCCAACGAGAUCAGGGCGGGCGUGAUUGACAUUGGUGUUGGUGCUGGUGUCGAGAGCAUGAGCCUGCAGUACGGACCCGGCGCAGUCACCGAGUUCUCGGAACUGCUGGAGAGCCACAUGGAAGCGGCCAACUGCAAGGUGCCCAUGGGCGUCCUCUCCGAGCAGAUGGCCAAGGACCGCAACAUCACCCGUGCCGAGCAAGACGCGUUCGCCGCCUCGUCCUACCAGAAGGCGGUCAAGGCCCAGAAGGCCGGUCUCUUUGACGAGGAGAUCUACCCGCUGCAGGUCAAGUGGACGGACCCCAAGACCAACGAGGAGAAGACCAUCACCGUCAAGGCGGACGACGGGAUCCGGGAGGGCGUCACGCCCGAGUCGCUGAGCAAGAUCAAGCCGUCCUUCGCCAAGGACGGCACGAUCCACGCGGGCAACGCGUCGCAGGUGUCGGACGGGGCGGCGGCGGUGCUGCUGAUGAAGCGCUCGACGGCGGAGCGGCUGGGCCAGAAGAUCAUCGGCAAGUACGUGACGGCGAGCGUGGUGGGGGUCAAGCCGCUGCUCAUGGGCAUCGGGCCAUGGAAGGCGAUCCCCGUGGCGCUGGAGAAAGCGGGCAUCAGCAAAGAGGACGUGGACAUCUACGAGAUCAACGAGGCGUUUGCGUCGCAGUGCGUGUGGUGCGUCAAGGAGCUAGGCAUCCCGUUCGAAAAGGUCAACCCCAAGGGCGGCGCCAUCGCCUUUGGCCACCCGCUGGGCUGCACGGGGUCGCGGCAGGUCAGCACGCUGCUGACGGAGCUGAGGCGGACGAACAAGAAGAUUGGCGUGACGAGCAUGUGUGUCGGGACGGGGAUGGGUAUGGCAGCCGUGUGGGUUGCUGAGUGA